GCCCUUCACCAUUCCAGCCCUUCCCAUCCGUCGACACCGGCCCGCCCAUCGCCUGUCCCUGCGCUCCUCGACUCGGCCCGACUCAUCGCCCGCCUGUUUCUGGCCACUGCCUACUCUUGUCCAUCUCUUUCCCGACCAAGCCCCUCUGCCCUGUCCUGUCCCGUCGAGACACUCCAGCUCGAUCCCUCGGCAUCCCCCCCCCAUAACCUCUCGCCGAGCGUCCCCUGCCUCCGAUGUCUCUGGACGCCAUGGGUCCCGGCGCUGGAUUUGAUCCGAUCCACCAGGCGUUCGACAUGGAUGACGCCCUCGGCCAGAUGCCCAUCAAAGUCAGAAAAAAACCCGGACGAAAACCCGCCGACCCUGCCAUCCAGAAGCUGCGGCGGCAAGCCCAGAACCGGAACUCUCAGCGCAACUUUCGAGAACGGAGAGAGCGCUUCGUCAACGAACUCGAGCUGCGGCUGCGCCAAACGCAGGAGCUUCUCACGGAGGUCCGAUCUCAAUACGAGGCCGGCAUCCAGUCGCUGAUGAAGGAGAACACCGAACUCAGGCGGACGAUUGCCCAGCUCAAGCAGGAGAAUCCAGAGGCCAUGUCGCCAUGCCAGCAUCCGCUUGGCGACCAGCACGAUCUCGCAGAAGCCAUCAGCCGGAACCUGGCCGAGCACACUGUCGAGAGGAUCCGGCAGACGCACAUCAGCAGCCACUCAAGCCAACUCUCGGCCAAGCCUGGCCAAAGCCAGGGUGGGGCCUUUGAUCCCAUGGCGGGGACAUUGGAGCCUGUCUCCGAGGCUGCCUCAAAUCCAGCACAGGUCUCUUCGUCGGUGCAGCCGAUACAUACCCAGCCGUCUCUCUCGCAUGCGCAAGCCUCGCCAGCCCUUUCGGCAAAAUCGCUGUCGUCGCUCUCGUCGUUCCCGUCGCCUCAGUCGGUCUCCGAGCCAGCUCAAUUUGCUGGCGCUUCGGUAUCUCAACACAGCCUGCCCUCUAUGGGGGCUCCUGGCAGCCGUUCGCAGGUGGAUGUCCCCGGGUUUCCUCCGGCCGCCACGCCGGCCAUGUUGCAUUCGACUCCCGGACCAGCUCCCCUCCCGAUACCAGCAGGCCACAAAUAUCCGGCGCCGCUCAACUCGGAUAUGUCCACGUUGGUGGCCCGGCCAAGCCCGUCCAUGACAUUCCCCAACCGCCGCCCCGAUCCCGCCUUUGCCACGGCCGAAAGCGGUCCGAUGCGGCAGGUGCCGCAAGUAAUGCCCCUGUCGGUAGAUGCGAGGCUGGGGCCCUUCCAGCAACCAUUGCAGGGUCAACUGCCGGAUUCGUUUCGGGCGGGGCGGGUCUCGCACCCAAAUAUCAACGGCUACGACUACUCGACGAACAUGCCGCAAGGAUUCGAUGCGUCUCUCAAGUUUGCCAUGCCGCAGAUCGAUGGGCAGAUGGCCCAUCCUGCUGCCGGGCCCGGCAACUAUACAUUCGCCCCAAACGGACGACUGUCUGCAAGCGACGCCAACAUGGAUCGCCAGCGCCACAACUGGCAUGGUAUGGCUUCAAACCACACCGGCAUCCUCCAUCGGCCGCCUGGCCCACCGGUACAGGUGCCGGUACAGGUGCCGAGCGCAGUGCCACCAUCGCUAUCGGCAUCUGUCUCUGUGUCCGUGCCGCCGUCGACCGGGCCCGUCCCUCCGCCUCCUCCUCCAAGCCAGAUUCUCUUUUUGGACUCUGUUGACCCAUUUGGAUACGGCGAAGACUUUGAUCCGACAGCCCUGGCGCUAUCGCUACCACAGCCCAUGCAGAUCAACGGCAUUUCAAACCCAUUUGGCUCGGGCGACUUUGGCCUGGACGAACGAUCGAUGGCCAGUCUGGGACAGAUGCCUCUCAAGACCAACGCUUGGUCCUCGCCUGGGCCGAUCUAUGGACAGGGCCACAGCCACAAUCAGGGCCAUAGCCAUCCCCAGUCUUUCCGAGCGUUCGAGUACGACUAACGAUCCAGCCCAGUGCCCGCGAACCAAGCAAUUGUGGCCAAAGCCAUUCCGGCCGUCUCCUAUGUGUAUCAUAUCUACUCGCCGCCUCCUCUACCGCACUCGGCCUGG